AUGAGCUCCAUCAUCGAGAAACCACAUGAGGAUAUUCAUCAGCUGAUCGCCACUUUGAAGGAGCAGAUCCAAAAGAACAGUGGGACCGACGCUGUGAACGCGACUGUCCGCCACAUCCAAACUUUGCUCCGUGAGGACAAAUACAGACAUGAGUUUGUCAAGGCUGAUGGAGUCCAAACCAUCGUGACCGCCCUCACCGGAUCCACCAACUUCCAGCUGCAAUACCAGCUCAUCUUCGCUCUCUGGUGCCUCACAUUCAACGCCAGCAUUGCUCAGAAAGCACCAUCCUUUGGAGUCAUUCAAGUCUUGGGAGACAUCCUUUCCGAGUCCACCAAGGAAAAGGUGAUCAGAAUCAUUCUCGCAACCUUCGCCAACAUCUUGAACAAAAUUGAUGAUAGCGAGAUCAAGAGACAAGCUGCUCUUCAAAUGGUCCAAUGCAAGACUCUCAAGACCUUGGAGCUCAUUGAAUCCAAGAAGUUUGACGAUCCAGAUCUUGAGGAUGAUGUGAAGUUCCUUACUGAAGAGCUGACCCUCUCCGUUCACGACUUGAGCUCCUACGAUGAAUACUACAGUGAGGUCCGCACUGGUCGUCUCACCUGGUCUCCAGUCCACAAAUCCGAGAAAUUCUGGCGCGAGAAUGCUGCUCGGCUCAAUGAGAAGCAAUUCGAAGUUGUGAAGAUCCUUAUCAAGCUUCUCGAGAACAGCAAGGACCCUACCAUCCUCUGUGUGGCUGCUCAUGACAUCGGAGAGUACGUUCGUCACUACCCAAGAGGAAAAACCGUCAUUGAGCAAUACCAAGGAAAGACGGCUGUUAUGCGUUUGUUAAGUGCUGAAGACCCAAAUGUCCGUUACCAUGCUCUGCUUGCAGUCCAGAAGCUUAUGGUUCACAACUGGGAAUACCUCGGAAAACAAUUGGACACUGAUGCUCAGGGAGACGGUGUGGCCGCCAAGUAA